UCUAACCAGGAAAAUACUGAAAACCUCUUGAUAGCCUUCAUGACAUGAUGUGAUGUGGCUUGUUCUUCAGGUGGCACCAUGUCUUGAAUGCAGACAUCUGCUGCCAGUGACUACACCCACUUGCAUUGGAUGGGAGUCACCAAUAGCUCCACAGGUGCAGCCCCAAAGCAACAUCUGCAUAAAGGUGUGUGAGGUCACAGAACCCCAUGGAACCCUCCAGCAGAGGCACCGGGAGACGACAGCUGCCCCACGGAACACAAGCUACCGGUGGAGGAGGCAAGAGCAGCUCCUCUGGUGGUUCCUGUCUUGGUGUCUCAGAGCUGGUGCCGCCUGUGGACACAGGAGCGUGGAAGGAGUGCCCCAUGCCCAGAGGCAGCAGAUGUCCAACGGCAGCUCCAUCACCCAGUUCCUCCUCCUGCCAUUCGCACACACGCGGGAGCUGCAGCUCUGCCACUUCUGGCUCUUCCUGGGCAUCUCCCUGGCUGCACUCCUGGGCAAUGGCCUCAUCAUCACCAGCACAGCCUGUGACCAGCACCUCCACACCCCCAGGUACUUCUUCCUCCUCAACCUCUCCCUGCUGGACCUGGGCUGCUUCUCCACCACUGUCCCCAAAUCCAUGGCCAAUUCCCUCUGGGACACCAGGGCCAUCUCCUACACAGGCUGUGCUGCACAGCUCUUUUUCUUUCUCUUUUUUCUCAUAGCUGAGUAUUCUCUCCUUGCUGUCAUGUCCUAUGACCGCUACGUGGCCAUCUGCAAGCCCCUGCACUAUGGGACCCUCCUGGGCAGCAGAGCUUGUGUCCACAUGGCAGCAGCUGCCUGGGGCACUGGGUUUCUCAGUGCUCUGCUGCACACGGCCAAUACAUUUUCACUGCCCCUCUGCCGAGGCAAUGCUGUGGAGCAGUUCUUCUGUGAAAUCCCCCGCAUCCUCAAGCUCUCCUGCUCACACUCCUACCUCAGGGAAGUCGGGCUUCUUGUGGUUGCUGCCCUGAUUGCUGUUGGCUGUUUUGUUUUUAUUGUGGGGUCCUACGUGCAGAUCUUCAGGGCCGUGCUGAGGAUGCCCUCUGAGCAGGGACGCCACAAAGCCUUUACCACGUGCCUCCCUCACCUGGCCGUGCUUUCCCUCCUUGUCAACACUGCUGUCUUUGCCUACUUGAAGCCCCCCUCCGUCUCCUCCCCAUCCCUGGAUAUGAUGGUGUCAGUGCUGUACUCGGUGGUGCCUCCAGCAGUGAACCCCCUCAUCUACAGCCUGAGGAACCAGGAGCUGAAGGAUGCUAUGAGGAAGCUGGUGACCAGAUGUGUUUCAGCAGGUAUACACUGCUUGCUUUACCCUGGAAAGGGCUUCCACUGUAGGUCAUGA